AUGCCCUCCCUGUUACAGCCAGCGAACCAUGAUCGAGACGACUUUGUCGGGGCCUACCUGACGGAAGAGGAAAUUUCGAGAGGAAGUUUCAAGCACAGGCAGAUCACGCCGCGUGGAAUUAGCCGGUUGACAGAAUGGAAGGAAGUUUUCAUGCGAAACUAUAUGCCUACCAGGCAUAUACACGAGUACAGUCGAGAUGUCAUUGCUGGAUCGAACGUUGCAAUCACGGCCCGAUUGCGGGACAAUUAUUCUCAAAAUCGUUGCUGCUCUGUCAAACUGCCGGAUCACGUUAGAGACAGAGGGCCGUAUUCUCCACGCACGCACUAUCAUCUUAAUACUAUAAAAGUAUACACGUUAGUAUCAAGUAAUCUUAGUAUUAAUGAUUCUUAUCAUCUUACAAUUAGUACUAUAAGAAUAUACACGCCAAGUAACAGAGUUUAUAUCGGUGAAAUAAAUAUCUUCAAACGUGUUUCCAAAUUGGAAGAUCGAGUAGUUGACAACGACGAAGUCAAAGAGGGAAAGGAGAAAGGAAGAGACUCUCCGCGUAUUCGAUGGAGCGUAGCGACGCAGCAUCUAGCAAAGCUCUUUCUCUUUUCCCAACUCGCUUCUUCCUACGUUUAUUACGAGUCGCGGGCUCGUAGCGUAACUUGCCUGCAAAGUUUGAUAAAGUUGGUCGAUUAA